AUGGUUACAACCGGCGGGACGGAUCUUCGUGAUGAUAUAAUGCGUCUGAAUGGUACCGUUCAUAUUGUUGUUGCUACUCCUGGCCGUAUACUGGAUCUUUUGGAUAAGGAUUUCCAAGGUAUCCUCGAUCGUGUCAUCAAAUACCUGCCGGCCGAUCGUCAGAUUAUGCUCUAUUCGGCAACAUUCCCGCUAACGGUAUCCGAAUUUAUGCACCGACACAUGCGCAACCCAUACGAGAUUAAUUUGAUGGAAGAACUGACACUGCUUGGUGUUACACAGUACUAUGCUUAUGUGCAGGAAAAACAAAAAGUCCACUGCUUGAACACCUUGUUCCGCAAGCUCCAAAUCAAUCAGUCAAUUAUUUUUUGCAAUUCAACACAACGUGUGGAGCUGUUGGCGAAGAAAAUCACAGAGAUCGGUUAUUCUUGCUACUACAUUCAUUCACGUAUGGCGCAAAAUCAUCGUAAUCGGGUAUUUCACGAUUUUCGUCAAGGAAAUUGCCGCAAUUUGGUGUGCUCCGAUUUACUCACCAGAGGUAUUGAUAUCCAGGCAGUGAAUGUUGUCAUAAAUUUCGAUUUCCCACGCAAUUCCGAGACAUAUCUUCAUCGCAUAGGACGGUUGGUUUUUUUUUUUGUAUUUCAACUGCAUAAUUCAGACUCAUUCAAACAGUGA